UUUUCAUAAUCUUUUUAUUUUAUUUUGUUUUCUUUUUAAAAAAUUCUUUUGGCAUAUCGAAGUACACAAAUUUUUUUUAAAAAAAAAAGAAAAAAAAUUUUAUGUCUACUACAAAUAUUACACCUACAGAAUUAAUUAUUCAAUAUCCAUGUUUAUGGGAUAAUUGUCGUGAUUCUUUUUUGUCUUUACCUGACUUAGGGGCACAUAUUGCUACUGUUCAUUUGAAUACUCUGUCAUCAUUUAAUUGUAAAUGGAGAACUUGUCAUAAUUAUAAUUUUCAAACGAAAUAUUCUUUAGUACAACAUAUAUAUUCUCAUUUAUCUUCUAUACCUAAUCAUCUUCAAACUCGUGAAAUGGUUCGUAUCACUCCAUAUUAUCCACAUUAUUAUUAUAACCAGGUUCCAUCAGGUAUUUAUCCUCAAACGUAUAUACAGUCACCUUAUAGGCCUUAUACAUAUCAAUAUACACCAAUCAUUCAAAAUUUUCAAUCGCGAUCUGGACAAAAUUCAUUACGAUCUGUGGAUCCUCAAUCAGUAGUAUUACGACAAUAUAAAAUUCCACAGCAAAUUGAUUUGGUGACUCCAUCUCAAAUUGUAAUUCAAGAAAAAGUCGUACCAUCUCAAAUUAUUAACAUCCAGGAUGAAUCUCCUAUACAGUGUUUUUCACAUUCAAAUGCUUCAUCAACGUCUACUCAAAAACAAGAACAAAUUAAUACAACUGAUUUAAAGAAAGAAUUAGAGGAACUUCGAGAUCUUUUAAAAGAACAGACGCAAAAACUUAAUGAUAAGACACAAGAACUUGAUAAAAAUACUGAGGAGAUGAAAAAAAUGGCGGACGAAAUUGAUGAAAAAUCAAGAGAGAUUACAAAAUUAAAAAGUACAAUCUCUUUGAAAGAUAGUGAAAUGAGUAUUAUUAAAGAAAAUCUUGAACUUCAAACGAGUAUAUCAAAGAUUUUACAAGAACAAAAUCGUAUAGCUGAUGAUAAACUGAGAAGGAUGUGGGUAGAAAUGUUAUGUAGAAAAGCUGAUUUAGGCGAAAGUGUUUCAAAUAGAAAAAUGAACAUUAAUGAUGAACCAUCAUCAUUUACCUCAAGAAAAAGACCUAGAAGAGAUAAAGAUGAGGAAACGGAGAAUUCUGAUUUACAUCCUAUGGAGUUGCCUGCACCUCCACAUGAAAACAUUUCGGUAAUUACUAAAGGAAUAUCAUGUAGUUGGGAUGGUUGUGAAAAAACAUUUAGAACAAGGUUAGCACUUAAAGCACAUAUUGUUUCUUCUCAUAUGAAUGAAGAAAUUUUAAAAGUUCCUGUUAUAAAUCCUUAAAUAAUUAUGCGGAAACAGAUAAUGGAAUCUAGUACAUGUAUAAUAACAUUUUUGGCUUUUUCUUUUUGAUUUGAUUAAUAGCAUUUAACAUUAUCUGAUAUAAUAAAAACUUUAAAGUAGCAAAUAUAUAAGUAAUA